CACGAGCAGCUCAAGCUGAGGCGGCUCCCAAAGACACGAGCUCAUCAGACUGUUUCUGACCAGGACUGCCAUGUUGCGCGUCACCCCUCAUAACUGAUGCUCUGCCCUACUCCCGUAUAGAGCUCAGCCGCAGAAGAAUCUUCGAGAUCAUGCUCGGACGCGGAAGCAGGCAGACAGCUCACUGGCUGAAUCUAGGACUUACACAUUCAGGUCACUAUGCGACCGCAAAGGGAGCACACAAGCUUGAUUGGGCGUCAACCUAUCCACGCUAAGCGUCCAGACGCGCAUGCAAAUACUCCGCGCGUCUGCCCUAAACGGUCAGGAACCGUUAGAAGCACGUCAAACAUUCGAAACUUCACUCGCGCUUGCACGCAUCCGCGCAGAGAAGCACAGACGCGAUCUGAUCAGCAGCUUUGCUUGGGCCAUCUACUCGUCUUGGGACUGGAGAGUCAUCUCGCAGUCACAUUAUGGAGUGAUCUGGGCGCUUGCCGAAGAGAGGAGGGUUCCAAGAGGGAGGACUGCCCUGUCAAAUCGCGAUGGAAACCCGCUCAAGACGGCCUGAUGGGAAAGUGCUCGUCUGACCUGCACCUGCACAUCAAACGACACAUGCGGUGCCGCUUAAGUCCGCGACGAUGCGACCCGAUCGCGGUCGCCUGCUACUUCCACGCUUGACAUUGGCCCCGUGCAUCGACCUCAGCUGCUUGCGCAUCGAAUGUGCUCUGAUCUUGCCGCGCAUGCCAUUCCUUGGCUGCUCGGAUCUGCGCAGGGCCGGUCUCGCCGCCAUGCGAGAGAGUAGG